GGCGAGCUUCCUUCUUCAUUGGAAAACUACGUUGAAGAUUUCUUGGGAAGACGAAUGGGGAUCAUCCGAGAGAAGAAGCCCAAAUCUUCUUCUUCUUCUCCGUCAUCGACGUCGCCUUGCGCCGAUCUGAGAGCCGCCUACCACAAUUGCUUCAACAGGUGGUACUCGGAGAAGUUCGUGAAGGGUCAGUGGCAGAAGGAGGAGUGCGUCGCCGAGUGGCAGAAGUACAGGGCUUGCCUCUCCGAACAUUUGGAGGACAAGCACCUGAGCCGGUUCCUGGAAGCUGAAGCCCUCGACAGCACCGCAAGGGCCGACUCGGCGAGCGUGGUGGAUGGUGCAGAGACUAAUUCAUGAGAUUGACGAUGUGUCGAGCGAUAAGAUAUUGAACUUGGAUGGUGAUUUUUUGAGGUAGUAAUUUGUCAUUUGAUUUAGGAAAUGAUUUACCUGUUUGAUUGCUUUAGAUAUCCAAGUUAUUCUAAUUCUUCCUAAGUGGUGUCUAUUUAAUAUAGUAGAGAAAGAAGAGGCUGGUUCAUGGAAUUAGAGGCAGGACAACAUUAAUGAACGAAGAAGUAAGUGACUAUUCAUUUGUCACUGCACCAAGCAUGAAAAUGAGGAACUCGAUUGAAAGGUCUUGUGCAGAGGUCCAAGCAGGGGCAGUGCUGCUCGUUAUGCUACUUUAGUAAUGUCUUUUUUCCAGAUGAUGCAGAGUUUUCUAAACUAGGAAUUCUAGAGACAUGUUUAGGGGUUUGUGAAGCUCAUUUCUUCGGCAAAGCAAUGGCAUUAUGUUUAUCGGGAGUCUCUUUUUCUGUAUCUGUUUUGUCGACAGAAGCCCUUAAGAAUCAACAUUGGUGAAAAAAGUGAAAAAUAAGGACGAUUUUGUGUAUUGAUGCAUCGAUUCUUUUGCAAGGUCCACUUAUGUAAAAUAAAAAGGUAGUUGCCUUGGUGAAUUCUAGGCCUGAACUGAAAUUAAGUGUAUCAAGCAUGUAGUGGUUUCUGGGUUGCUCUCCUGACCAAGGCUUUCGAUUUUGUGGCUCCUGGAUGAAUAUUCAAGGUGAUAUCACUUGUUUUUCCUUGAGGGUUUUUGUAUUAUUCGUGUGCGCCAAUAACUGCUGAGAAGAGGAACUGUUAUCGGGAGGACAUUCACUUAGUGACCACUUAAUUUCUUUACGGAUAUCCUAGAAAUUUUCUUGUGAACUUAUGGAACCUUGGAGCACAGCAGCCAUGCUGGUGGUGUCAGUAACCAUACAGCAGGAAAUCUCUCUCAAGGAUGUAUGGCUUUCUUCUAAAUCAGAUAAACUCACAAGGCUAGGCGACAUGAUACUCGUAAGGGUUGUGUUGACCAUCUGAAGAUUCUAGUAGGUAGAUAAGCCUUGGAAGUGGGUACAGGAAUUUCUUGUUUUGAAAUAGUAAAUCAGCCUGUUGUAUUUUACCCAGGUUCAACCCCAGUCAACUUCUCUUUUCUUUCACUUUCUUUGGGAGAAACGAUACAUCACUAUGUUACAUGACAGUGUUCUAACAUUUAUUCAACACCUCUAGAGUUUAAACUCGAGAGAAUUUAUUCUCUC